UGAGAGACUUCCGCUUCCGGGUCAAACUGCCUGGAGGAAAAAAAGGAGACGAAACGGCGGCGUUUCUUGCCUCUCAGGCCCAGCUGCCUUUCCUCGUCCCGGGCUGGAGGUUGUGAGGUGAAAGGGAGCGAGGGAGGCCCGGCCUCCGCUUUGCUCAGAUCUUCAGUGCGAGUCAAGGUGGUUUUAGGUCUUUGGAUGAUCGUCAAGCGUUUUGUUAUUCUCCUGAGCCAUGGCUUACCAGCUGUAUAGAAACACCACAUUGGGGAACAGUCUUCAGGAAAGCCUGGAUGAGCUCAUACAGUCUCAACAGAUCACCCCACAGCUGGCCCUCCAAGUACUACUUCAGUUUGACAAAGCUAUCAAUGCUGCAUUGGCACAGCGGGCCAGAAACAGAGUCAAUUUCAGGGGCUCUCUCAACACAUACAGAUUUUGUGACAACGUCUGGACUUUUGUACUAAACGAUGUUGAAUUCAGAGAGGUCACUGAGCUGGUGAAAGUGGACAAAGUGAAAAUUGUAGCCUGUGAUGGAAAAAAUACCGGUUCCAAUGCUGCUGAGUGAGGAGGAAGCUGAGCCUCUGCACCAGCCUUGUCUUUAAGGGGCUGCCCUUCCAGGAGAAGAGCACAGCCAGAGACUGUGUUGAUCACUAUUUUUUAAUGAUACAAACAUGAGAAAUCCAUGCUGGAAUGCCUUGUGGAACUGUGUUGGCAAGGUCUCUUGAAGUCACUUGCUAGAGGCAAAUAAUCUUUUUGCUUUUUUUAAAGAGAGAGAGAGUGCAGGGGGGGGGAAAUAAGGAUGGAGCAAACUUUGUUGCUUUGGGGGUUCAUCAAGGUAACUUCAAUAAACCUUAUUUAAA